AUGUUAACGCUAUUGACGGAAUUGCGUUUCUGGUCCACCAGGGAAGACAUCAUCAUUCAGGAUACCGAUCUUGGAACGACAAAGUAUUCCGAAAAGAAAACCGAUUCUAACCGGAACCUUCUAAGCGAAGGAAAGCGAAGCUACUGCGAAUCACGUGGCCUCAAAUGGAGCCUCGACAACAAAAAGCCAAACAAACUACGACAUUCGCUGCGGCUGCUGGAAGAAGAGCUACGCCAGAAGCGGCUGGUGUAUUGCAAAUGGAAGAACAACUUCCUGCUCCAGCUGAUGCUCUCCAACGGGCUGCUGGUGCACGUAGCUAUAAACCCGUUCACGGGCGAUAUCAAUCGGAUCUACUUCGACAAGUAUCUGAUCGGCAAGCUGAUCUCGGAAUACAUUACCGAUGUCAUAAUCACCCAGAACCAUCUCCUGGUGGCGUACAACGAAAAUCAGAUCACGUUCGUGCAGCUGCAAAAACCAACCGCCCGGAAAAACAACCUCGAGAAGAUCAGCCUAAUGGACCCGAAAAUCUACAACGUGCUGCUAAGUGGCACGGGAACGACAUCGCGCAAGGUACCGAAGCGGUUGGUUUGCAGCAGCAGCCUCAACUUGGUGAUCGUAUGGACCAAGUCGUCCCAGAACGAGGUUUAUCCGUGGCGUCCCACGGUGAAAGAUCAGGAUCGAGCAAACCUGCACGUGUACAAACUGAACGGGGCUCGCAUGGAGCUGCUGUGCUACUAUUGGACGGAGUAUGAUCCAAUUUCGGUGGAAUUUUCGCUCAUGAAUGAUUACCAGGUGCACUGCGUGGAGCAAAAGAUAUCCAAAAAGGGUGAAGUGACCAUCGAUAGUUGCAUUUAUCAGAUAAAUAAAACAAAAAUGCGUCGGGUCGCCGUUACUUCCAUUCCGCUGCAGACGCAGGUGUGCUGCAACGCGCUUAGUCCCGACCACGAGAAACUAAUGCUCGGUUGCAUCGACGGCUCGAUCGUACUUUUCGACGAGGGCCGCGGUAUAACGCACCUUGUGAAGGCCGCUUUCAUUCCCACGUACGUUGCCUGGCACAGUGACUCAUCGGUGGUAAUGAUCGCGAACGAAAAGUGCCAACUGCAGUGCUUCGAUAUUGCCCUGUCCUGUGUGCGGAUGCAGCUGCUUAGUGAGACGCACGACAGCAUACCAUCGGGGACGUUCGAUUUGUCCAAUUACUUCCUCGGGCACCACGCGCCGGCCAUCCAGUUGGGGCGUCUUUGCUGGAGCAAAAAGCCUGAAUUGGUCAAUCACGGAGAAAAGUAUGCCACGACCGAUUCCUUCCUAUUCUGUGCCUUUGAGCAAGGACCGUUGGCGUGCGUGCGCGUCGUUGGUGGUUCCGGAUUGAAAGGAGAUGUCCACACUUCCGGUCUCACGGCGGACGUGUUGGUGCACAAGUACAUUUCGCUAAACCAGGUGGAGAAAGCCAUCAAUAUCCUGCUCAGUCUCAACUGGGACACGUACGGGGCCAUGUGUUUACUAUCGCUACAUCGAAUCGCUAACUACAUUUUCAAGCAGCCGUUAGGCACGGAACGGGAGCUACAACUGCAGAAGGCACUCGGGAGCUUCCUCGUGCCGGUGAAAUCGCUAUGUUACGAAACGGAGCUCGAGUUUGGGGAUCAGGUUAAUGAUAUUACCCUCAAAUUUUUCCACUAUCUGCUGCGUAAUCGAUCGUACAAUAAGGCGUUCAGUUUAGCCAUCGACAUAAACGAUGCGGAUCUGUUUCUGAAGCUGCACGACAAAGCUAAGGCAGACGGUGAUGCUGAACUUGCGAGGGAAGCUCUGAAGAAGGUAGACGAUAUCAACCGCAUCUGCACGGAUCGAAGCGAUAGUGAACAUUCAUUGUGUUCGAAUUCGUCCUGUUCCUUGUGUGCGGAUAGUUUCGAUGACGAUGAUUACGAGGACCCGGAGCGCGAAAACGGUUGUGACGAUGAGGAAGAUAUGGUCGACGAGGAGGAACAAGAGCACGAAGGAGAAGCAAUCGAAGGUAACCAAGCUGUACGGCGUCGUUUGAACGGCACGAACGGAAACCAUUUACGUCGGAAGGAGAGAAUAGUUCCUGAAAAAUCUCGGCCCGAUUUGUCGAGGCAACAUUACGCAAGCGAUGGUCGAGAGAAAAGCUUUGCAACGUUCUCGACCUCUUCGGGUUCGUCCAAGUCGUCGCAAGUUCAGCAGUGGAACGAACAAAACGAUCGCUCGAAAAAUCGCUCUACUCUCGCCCAUCCGCCACUACCGAAAACAAGCGAACAGACGGCCAAGGCUGGCAGCAGGAUCGAAUCCCCUUCGUCGAUUAAUGCUAGCAGAGCGCAAGGUGCUGGCUCCUCUAAAACGCAAAUGCAUACCGACUCCUUCUUUGUGCACCAAGAUCGUCCACCGUUGCCGUUUAUCUCUAAAAAACCGACGCAUAACAAACAAAUUGCGCCGCCACCGUUUGCUAUGCAGCGCAGCCAAACGGCCAUGGCGAUGAAGCUUUCGAAGCAGCAACAAUCGAGGAUAGCGGAAUCGAAACUGAAAGGAAAGUCACUGAGUUCUAGUAAUUUGUUGUUGCUGGAUGACAAUCCUUUAUCCUACUCAGCAGCUGGUAUGGCAGUGAUCAGCUCAGGGGCACGUUCGCGUCAAAUCGUGAACCCUCGCGAAAAGGCGGCCAAAUUCAGCUUCUACUCCUCUGCAGCCAACAGUUUAUCGCUCGAUCAGCUGGACAGUUCGAGUGGUGUAAAAAAUCGUUCCUCUUCGAUUGUGUCGCCACAUUUUGCUGAAACGGCUGCGAUGAAUGGCACCCGCACAAAUGGUCCCAAUGCUGCUUAUAGCCCAGAAAAUCUUCACCCACCGCCUCUGGGACAGCAGCACAUUGUGAUCGAUGUUGUUCCUAAACCUCCGAUGGGCAGUGCGUUUGCUCAUGGAUCAUCGAUGGCUUAUCCGUUGCAAUCGUUGGGUGGCAUUGGGCCACCGGGAUCGGUAGCGAACAUUCUGGAUCAAACGAUCGGUAUACCAUUAGUACAAGAUGAGCCGGACUUCAUAAGGCGCUCGGUUGGUGUACGAAAACCGCCACCUCCGCCGCAAUCGUCCUGGUUCCAUUCGAGUGCAAGUUCCCCUUCGAGCAACUCGAACAGCAACAACGCACCUCGCACCAUCAUCCAUCAGUAUCCGCUGAUCUCUGGCAACAUUCCGUCGAAGUUUCAGUUGCAACAGCAUCAGCAACCGUUUGAACUGCAAAUGGCCACGGCUGGAACCGGAAAGUACGGAACCAGGAAAAAAAUGGACGCACCUACUGCUUCAAUUCUGUCCAAUGGUGGAAACAGUCAUUCCAGCGUUGCACAAUCGCAACAGUCAGCCAUGAGCGCAGGCUCCAGUAACGGUGGAUUGGGAGCUGGUACGAGUUUGACGUCGAGUAAUCCAAACGGUGCCAGCAGCGGAGCGUCCUCAUCGUCCUCGGCUGCUACGAAACGGGACGGUGCGGAAAAGAAUAAAGUUAAAUUUUCCGACACCGUCACGGUAGCGGUUGUACCGGAAAUACCACGAAAAGAAAAGUUGCUGGUUGAAAAGCUACGUAAGCAACCUAUCCAGCCGGGGCCGGUAGGUUAUGGACCAUUUCCCAUUGCCGACCCGAAGCGUGAGCUAGCGGAAAGUUUGCCCCUGUGCCAUCCGAACGAGGACUAUCUGAAAGACUUUACACCAAUGCAAGAUCUUAUCAGCAACGGAAGCAGUGAAAUAGAGAAGAAAGAGGAAGAGAAAAAAAUUCCCAACAUUAAGGUUGUUCACUUUGGUGUGGUUUGAAUGCCUGAACAAUUUACAAGCCUUUAACGAAGCAGUAUUCCAUGUUUGGUUUUAUAUUUAUGUAUUUGUGGGUUUACCACGGUGUAUUUUAUCGCUGUAUAAUUGUUAUCCGUCCAGUAAGUGUUAUAACAUUCCAGUUACAAAGCAAGGCUAUUAUGUUGGCAGUUGUAUAUUUAUUGUAAUUAUAUUACUGAUAAGACACUGCACAGGUGUACACAAUUGUUUAGCGGGUAGAUACUGUAAUAAAU